UGCCUGCUGGUCCCGCCCCCUCGGGGAAGCUGCCACUUGGAGGCGCCUGGCCGGGAAGGGCCUGGUCAGCUGUGUCCGGCGGAGGCAGCUGCUGACCCAGCUGUGGAGUGUGCCAGAGGUGGAGGAAGGGGGAGGGCAGGAGCUCUGGGCCAGCCGUGGCAGGGGCUGCAUCAUGGAUCACCUCUGGGCGCCCUUCUGGCCUGGAGUCGGCUCCCUCUGUCUCCUGCUGGCUGUGGCCGCCUGGGCUCCUCCACCCCACCGCCCGGGCCCCGAGUUUGAAAGCAAAGCGGCCCUGUUGGCGGCCCGCGGGCCGGAAGAGCUUCUGUGCUUCACCGAGCGGUUGGAGGACUUGGUAUGUUUUUGGGAGGAAGCGGCAAGCGCCGGGGUCGGCCCCGACAACUACAGCUUUUCCUACCAGCUCGAGGGUGAGUCAUGGAAGCCAUGCCGCCUGCACCAGGCGCCCGCGGCCGGUGGAGCUGUGCGCUUCUGGUGUUCGCUGCCUACGGCCGACACGUCGAGCUUCGUGCCCCUAGAGCUGCGCGUCACAGCGGCCUCCUCCGGCGCUCCACGCUACCGCCGUGUCAUCCAGAUCAACGAAGUGGUGCUUCUGGACCCCCCCGCGGGGCUGCAGGCGCGGCGGUCGGACGAAGGCAGCCACGUGAUACUGCGCUGGCUCCCACCACCUGGGGCCCCCAUGGCGAACCUCAUCCGCUACGAAGUGAACAUCUCUGCAGGCAGCGCAGCAGGGGGCGCGCAGAGGGUGGAGAUCCUGGAUGGCCGCACUGAGUGCGUGCUGAGCAACUUGCGGGGCCGAACGCGUUACACCUUCAUGGUACGUGCGCGUAUGGCCGAGCCAAGCUUCGAUGGCUUCUGGAGCGCCUGGUCGGAGCCUGCGUCACUGCUGACGGCUAGUGACCUGGACCCCCUUAUCCUGACGCUGUCCCUCAUCCUCGUGCUCAUCCUGCUGCUGCUGGCCGUACUCGCCCUGCUCGCCCACCGCCGGACUCUGAAGCAGAAGAUCUGGCCUGGCAUUCCAAGCCCCGAGAGCGAGUUUGAGGGUCUCUUCACCACCCACAAGGGUAACUUCCAGCUGUGGCUAUACCAGAACGACGGCUGUCUGUGGUGGAGCCCCUACACCCCCUUUACAGAGGACCCAUCUGCCCCCGUGGAAGUCCUCUCUGAGCGCUGCUGGGGGGUGACACAAGCAGUGGAACCAGGGGCAAAUGCUGAGGGGCCCCUGCUGGAGCCAGUGGGCAGUGAGCAUGCCCAGGACACCUACCUGGUACUGGACAAAUGGUUGCUACCUCGGAGCCCGCCUAGCGAGGACCUUCCACAGCUUGGUGAUGGUUCGGACAUAGCAGCCAUGGAUGAAGGCUCAGAAGCAUCCUCCUGCUCAUCUACUUUGGCCCUGAAGCCAGAGGGGGCCUCGGCUGCCAGCUUUGAGUACACCAUCCUGGACCCCAGCUCUCAGCUCUUGCGCCCGAGGGCACUGCCCCCUGAGCUGCCCCCCACCCCACCUCACCUAAAGUACCUGUACGUCGUGGUGUCCGACUCUGGCAUCUCAACUGACUACAGCUCAGGGGACUCCCAGGGAGCCAAGGGGGGCUCAUCUAAUGGCCCCUACUCCAACCCUUAUGAGAACAGUCUUGUCCCAGCUCCCAAGCCAACCCCCAGCUAUAUGGCCUGCUCCUAGGACUCUAGUCCUCAGAUACUUGGGGACCCAGCAUGACCUCUAGUGCUAAUCCAGGCACAAGACUUAUUGGGCAGGGUCGGCAAGGCCUCCCUCAGGACUAGGGGCAUUGCUGA